AUGGCAGAGCUUCUGGGCAUCGUCGCUGGCGGAGCUGGACUUGCCUCUCUGGCACUCCAGUUAGUCGAUGGCGGCCAGAAACUGCGACAGCGCUACAAGAACGUCAAAGGCCUUGGAGGUAACAUUUUAUGGCUGAGUGAGGAUAUCGAACUCAUCGGAAAGCAGCUCAUCCAACUCGAAACUAGCGCAGACGACAUCAUGCAAGAGCAACUUGGUCCGAUCAUGAUGGGAGAUGUCGAGACCGCUCUGCAAGAGUCGGGUCAAUGGAAGGGUGAGCUUGACGAACUUCAGGCCCUUGUCACUGGUCUCAAGCAAGACAUAUCACAACUUUACAUUAUUCAGCAACACUUAUACAUGCGUAACAGCCGAAGUUCCUUAGUUACAGCGGACGGUACAUCGUCAAUGACCCCAAUCUUCGGUCUGUCAACAGAGAUUUCUCCACACGAUAACACUUUAGGCACUACUGCGACUUAUCAAAAUGAUAUCAUUCAAUAUUCGUCAUGUAACUGUGAUUGCUCAUGCCACAAGAAGCGCACAAUAAGUGGCACCUUCUGGCGUCUGCAAUACUCCCCACUGGCUGAGAUAUUCCAAGGUUGCGAUAAUCCGGACUGUUCUGUGAGGCGUUACCGUUUUGAUCUUCGAUUGACGUUGUAUCACUACGGGAUCCCAUUAAAAGCAGCUCUUGGACUUGAUCUCAUCACUGAGCCAGGACGAUAUUCUCUUCAACCAUGUCUACAAAUCGAAACUGUCGUUGACUUCGAUGCACCUGGCUUUGUGAUUCUGGAAAAGCUGGCCUUGGAAGAAAUAGACUGGGUGGCUGCUGGUAAUUUCGAAUAUACUGAUAGGAAUGGUGAAGACUCUAAAACUAUCACGAAUCUGAUCCAGCUUUUCGUUUCAUCGUUCCGUACCAAAGAAACAUCUCACAGCGCCGGUCUCUUGAGACAACUACUGGAUCUGAUGGAAAUAGGGUAUGUGGGUUCUGUUGACUCUCUCGCUGCUCUUGGAUGCGAUUUCAAGAAUGUGGUGCCCACUUUGUCCUCUUGGCCAAAACCCUUCAUUUACGAAGAUGACCCUUUUCAUUUCCAGCGUAUGAAGGCAUUUAUCAGAAUGGAUACAGAUUUUGGAGACAGUCCUCCGCUUCACAGCUCAACAUUGUUUGACUCGGAUGAAAGUUUCAUGCUUUGCCUUAAGAGAAACACACAACCAUUCGAUACGAUUGUCAACUUCUUGGGUCAAUCGGCACUUCACAUGGCAGUACAACAGCCUUCACGUGUGGCUCAACUUCUAGCUGCUGGGCAUCCAGUUGAUCAGAGCGAUGAGUAUGGCAGGAGCCCUUUAUUGUAUGCCGCAGCGAUGAAUAUUCCAGACACAGCUAUGAUGCUUGUCGAGAAUGGUGCCAGCUUAUUUAGCACUCUAGUUGAUUGCCUUCCGAUUAUCUGCACAGUUGCUGCACGGCAGAACUGGACUUUGGUAUGGCGGAUCAUCGAUUUUGCAGCAGCAUCCCAUCCCGAUCUUACCCCUCGCCUAAUUCGAGACCUAUUGGAAUGGGAUUUCGAAGAAGCUUACGGCGUCGUAGACGGUCAACAUGAUUUAGUAGACUUCUGGUCCCGAGCGAUCUCAAAACUUGGCAGCCCCAACUUCUCCUUCCAGGAUGGCAAGACCUUGAUGCAUAUGACCCACGGUGUCAGAUCGGCGAGAGCGUUGAUAAAAUUGGGCUUCACCAAAUUCAAGCAAACGGAAGGAGACUUACUUGAGCACAUCGCUUCGUUGCAUGAUUUGCCGUUGUUCCGGUUUGCUAUUGCGAAUGGUGGUGAUAUGCAUUUGCACAAACACUGGGGUUGGCGCAUCCUUGACAUGCUGCUUCGAGAUCUUGCAUUAAGUAACUCAGUUAGCUUUCCAAAGAUCUUGGAAUUAUUGCAGGCCCUCCUUGACAGUGGAGUCGAAGUUUCGUCCCAUGAUGAACGGGCGUGCAAUUGUUUGGUUGGUGGAUGCGUUCCGGGUUCUAAAUGGUUAUCGAGAGAACCAAAUCUAUGUUUAUUUGCAUGGCUUGAGGUAUUAGAAAGGCAGAGAGGUAUACAAGAGGCUAGGAAAGUUUCCCUCGCCCUUCUACGACGAAUGGCUUUUGAUCAAGCUGGUCUACAUCACAUUUGCGAUACAAAAUGCCACUCUGAUUUAGUCUCUGAUGUCGACAACGAUCGAUUUUGGGAUAUUGCUGAGCAAAUCAGCAUCGAUGAACUUAAGAAAGAGAUGGAAGACCUGGCUACCAAGCCGUACCCGGAGUUGAAGAUCGAGGUCAUGGCUCGCCUUCGAGGCGUCGAGUUAUCCCAGUAUUCCAGAACCUUUCUCAAGCUCUUGGAAUCACAUACUUCGGAAGAAAAUGGAAUCUAA